AUGUUCCGAAUUAUUGAAUCACAAGCUCCGCCAAAACAAACGGCGACGGACACAAUCGAUGUAUUGAGCAGUAGGCUACAGAGUGCUACACUGUUGGAGGAUCGCCGAGCCGCUAUUCAGGGUCUCAGAAGCUUUGCGAAGCUAUAUCCAGCGUCUGUUGCCUCGGGUGGCCUGCGAUCACUGAUCAGCAGUCUACAAAAUGACGGCGAAGACGUGGACACCAUAAAAGUGGUCCUCGAGACCCUUUUGAUGCUCUUCACGCCAGAUGAAAAUAGCCCUGAAGCAUCGGAUGAAAUAGCUUUGUGGCUUGCGGACUCAUUUACUCAGCGACAAGAUAAUAUCACCACCCUUCUCGAUUUACUCGAAGCCCGCGAAUUCUAUUCUCGUCUAUAUUCUCUACAAUUGAUUUCACACAUCUGCAGCGCACGACCGGAACGAACACAAGAAUGCAUUUUCACAGCGCCACUCGGCAUUUCCAAAUUGGUCAAUGUCCUGACCGACUCGAGGGAACCGGUGCGGAACGGUAUGUCUUGCCAAACACUACAAUCGCUUCUGGUUAACUACGGAACGCUGACCGGCAGUGUUUUCUUCCAAUUGUUAGAGGCUCUCGUAUUACUUAUUGCUCUUACACCUACCUCCGAGGAACUGCAGAAACUUGUCGCAUUUGAGAACACAUUUGAAAUUCUUCUUGAUCUUAUUAACAAGGAAGGAGCAUUGAGCCUUGGAACCGAGGUCGUUGAGGACUGCUUGUCCUUGUUGGCCCACCUCCUGAGAUUCAAUAUCUCCAAUCAGUCAUCUUUCCGAGAGACUGGCUGUGUGAAGAGAGUGACACAUCUUCUGCAUGAAUGCCAGCAAGAGCCAGAGGGGGACGAGCCGCUGCCGGAAUGGACUUUAGUGCACCGAGACAAGAACGUCUGGGGCCUGUUGGCCAUCAUCCAGCUAUUUCUGAUCCGCGGCAGCGCGAGCACACCUAUCAACCAAACUGCGUUUUGGCAAAAUGGCGUUACAGAACAGGUUCUGAGCAUUGCAUUUGGUCAACGAUUCAGUGUCAGCGUAACAGCAAAGGCGUUGUCAACUUGUGCUGAUCUCAUCCGUGGCAAUUCGCCUUUACAAGAGAGAUUCGGUGACAUCGAGGUCUUGUGGGGCUCUCAUAGCCGCGGCGAUGCGACUGUCAAUGGCAACGGCAAUGUCAACGAGCCUUUACGAAUCAAUGUCAUUGAGGCUUUCCUGAAACUCAGUCUUGAGCCUGCCCCCAACAACCUUUUGGAUGCCCGUCUUGCAGCUUGCGAAUGCAUGAAAGCGUUCUUCGCUCAUCACCCUGGGAUUCGCAUGCACGUGCUCAGGCGAGCCAUUGAAGGGCAUACCAGCGGGCAAGAUGCCAUUCCCAAUAUCAUAUCUGUGUUGCUCACUGCGCCGGAAUCGCGAGGAAAUGCUGACCCAUAUCAAGUAUGGAUGGCUUGCGUUUUGAUGUUCCACUUGAUCUUCGACGAUGGCGAGGCGAAGGCGACUGCUAUGAAAGUUACCGAAGGCGACGCCGAGAGUGGUGAAGAAGUCGUUACAAGCGUCCAAUCAGUUGUUGGCAAUCUCAUCACUGGGCUGCAGCGCGGCGAUGAUGAAAGAAUCACUGUCGGAUAUCUGAUGCUCCUCUGUGGUUGGUUGUUUGAAGACCCAGAUGUCGUCAAUGAUCUAUUGGGAGAAGGUAGUAGCAUUCAGACCUUGCUGCAAGAAAUUAAGCACCAGCGCGCUCCGAGCAAGCUGGUACCUGGUCUGUGCACUGUGCUGCUGGGAAUUAUCUACGAGUUCUCUACCAAGGACUCCCCAAUCCCUCGCCUUACACUCCACAAACUGCUUAUUGAGCAGCUCGGCAGGGAGCAAUACAUCGACAAGAUCACACGACUUCGAGAGUGUCCACUGGUCCGUGACUUCGAGGUCCUACCCCAGAACGCGGGAAGUCAGCUUGAAGGAGGACUGCCGGAAGUCUUCUUCGACCGCGCAUUCGUUGAGUUCCUGAAGGACAACUUCAGUCGCCUACUGCGUGCAAUUGAUAGAGAACCCGGUUUUGAGGUUUCAGUCGUCGCCAAUGGCGUGGAGAAGGGAGUCUCGCGUGAACUUGUGGACACUUUACGAGCCGAGAUUGAAGACCGUACUCAGACACUCCAAAAGUUGGAGUCUGACCUUGUGGAAAUUCAAAGGAAGCUUGAUCAGGAGCAAUUAGAUCACCGGAAGACAAAGGAGUCCGGCACUGUGGAGUUGUCAAAGGCUCAGCAGUCCAGCCAAUCCCUCCAACAGAGUCACGCGAAAGAGCUUUCCCAACAACUCGCGAAACUGGAAGAUCAGCACAACCGGUCAAGAAGUGAACUGCUGAAGCAACAUGGUGAGCAGCUUCGAGCCCUUGAAACUCAACUCAAGCAAGCUCUUGCACAAGCAGAGGGCCAAGACAAACAGGCUAAACAAGCAAGAGAGCACCAUGAGCGAGAAGUGGCUGGCUUGCAGCAGAAGAUUCGUGGCAUGGAGGCGGAACUUACUCGCAUUCGUGGGCAGCACACAACUGAGAUUUCUGACCUCAACAAGAAGAUUCAAGACCUGAAGAGCAGCGUCAACCAGUCAAAAUCUGCACACGGCAGUGAGGUUGCGGGGCUCCAAAAACAGAUUCAAACUCUUGAGGGUCUGAAAGCAACCAGUGAUGGACAGGUUGCUGAUCUCAGCAGAAAAAUUCAAGAGUCCCAGAGCGCGAUCGACCAGUCGAAAAAUUCCCACAGCGCAGAGGUUGCUAGUCUUCAAAAGAAAAUAGAAGAUCUCGAGGCUACCAGGAAGUCUCAAGACGGACAGAUUGCAGGUCUUGAGGAGACCAUUCAGGAUCUUGAGGGCACGAAAACCUCUCACGAUGCAAAUGUUGCGGCUCUUAAGAAAGAGAUCCAAGAUAUGGAGGCAACCAAGAAAUCUCAUGAUGAACAGGUUGCAGCCCUCGAGCAGAAGGUCCAGGAUCUCGAGGCAACUAAGAAGUCUCACGAUGAACAGGUUGCCGAUCUCAACAAGAAGCUCUCGGAGUUCCAGAACAAGAAGGGGUCCCAUGACGGACAAAUUGCCGAUCUUACAAAGAAGCUCCAGGAUCUUGACUCUACGCUGGCCACAGCCCAACAGCAGCACGAGAAGGAAGCCAGCGAUUACAAGAGCAAGAUCACCACUUUGGAGACCAGCCUCUCCACAAGCAAAGAAGAACGUGAGACCGCAGUCACUGGCCAUGAACAAAAGAUUGGGACUCUGGAAUCCAGCUUGAAAUCUGCCCAAGCGGAACACGAAGCCGAAAUCGCUACCCUGAAAAAGUCCGUCUCGAACCUCGAGUCAGAGCUCACCAAAGCCCAGAAAUCCAGCAAGGAUCUUGAGACCGCUUCAAAGGGCUCGGCAUCCGAGACUUCUGCGCUGGAAGCACGGGCCAAGGAGGCAGAGGCAAAGGCCAAGGAAGCCGAGUCACAGGCCCGCACUGCGACCGAUGCUCUGAAAACCAUUCAGCAACAGCUUGAAAAGGCCAAUGCGGAAGCCAAGGAAAAGGAGGAAGCUCGGCAGUCAGCACAGUCAGAACUGGAGGACCUGCUUAUCGUCUUUGGGGAUUUGGAGGCCAAGAGAACCGAAGACAAGAACCGACUCAAGGAGCUUGGUCAAGAGGUUUCCGAGGCUGAGGAUGAGGAUGAUGAGGACGAGGAUGAGGACGAUGAAUGA